GUUUUAUUUAACUAGUGUUGGCUGGUUUUUGUCUGAGAGUUCGUUCUUCCUCAGCCAUCGCUUCUCUGCUUGAUACUUUUCUCUAGUCUAUCCUUUUGGUUUGAUGAUUGCUUCUGCAUAUAGGGAUCUGUUCCAAACUCAUCUUGGAUCACCUCUUUGUCAUGAGCUUAGAUUCCUGUGUAUAUAAUUAUGUUCAUUCGUGUGUUGGGUAAUGAUUUGAAAGUGAAGGAAGCGUUGAAGAUGAAGCACGAUAUGUUGAAAGUGUAUGGAGUGUUUCCCACGGUACACAUCUAUGCAUCGUUGAUCAAAGCGUUGUGUCAAGAUGGUGAAUUGGGUUUGGCGUUUAAGCUAAAGGAUGAGGUUAAAGCAGACUCAGCUAUCUACUCUACGUUGAUCAACUCGCUUAUAAAAGCUGGAAGGUCAGACGAGGUGUCAGGGAUUCUGGAAGAGAUGAGAGAAAAGGGAUGCGAACCGGAUACAGUUACUUACAAUGUACUGAUUAAUGGGUUUUGUCUUGAGAAUGAUUUCGAAUCAGCUUAUAAAGUUUUGGAUGAUAUGGUUGAGAAGGGUUUGAAACCGGAUGUUAUAAGCUACAACAUGAUACUUGGUGCCUUGUUUAGAAUCCAAAACUGGAAAGAAGGAGCUUACUUGUUUGAAGAUAUGCCCAGAAGAGGAUGCGUCCCUGAUGUCUUAUCUUACAGGAUAGUUUUCGAUGGGCUUUGUGAAGGUUUAAAGUUCGAAGAAGCAGCGGUUAUCUUGGAUGAAAUGAUGUUCAAAGGCUACAAGCCGAGGAGGGAUAGGCUAGAGAGGUUUCUGCAAAGGCUAUGUGAGAGUGAAAAGAUGGAGAUUCUUGGUGAUGUUAUCAGUAGCUUGAAUAAAGGGAAUGCUUAUGAUGCUGACUUUUGGUCGGUUACAGUGCCUGAAGUGUGCAAAGAACCUGUUCUAUCAGAUUCUAUUGAUUUGUUGUUGUUGAACAAAUUGAAGGAAGAGUGUCCUUAAAGGUGUUGGAAGACUGGAUUUUCCAGCAAAACAAGCUUGAGGAAUGAAUCUCGGAGUGAAGAUGGUGCAGAAGAAGGUGGCGGUUCUCUACCAUUACCCUUGCCACGACGGUGUCUUCGCCGCCUUGGCAGCUCAUCUCUACUUCUCAGCGAACUCAAUCCCUUCCCUCUUCUUCCCAAACACAGUCUACUCUCCAAUCACAAUCAGCAAGCUUCCUCUCCAAGACAUCAGCCAUCUCUAUCUUCUCGAUUUCACA